UCUCUCUCUCUCUCUCUCUCUCUCUCUCUGGGGACGCAAGAUGGUCUUCACAGCGGCGGCGACGCUGCCGCUGCCGCUGCACCUCCGGCCACUGCCACCCUCCAUCCGUCCCUCCCAGCCUCGUUUCUUGUCCUCCCUCCCCUCCCUACCGCUUCUGAAAUCUCACCACCAUCCCGUUAAACCGCUAAAACGCUUCCUUCCCCCCGCCCCUCUUCUCCUCCGCCGCCACUCGCCGCCCUCCGCCGUCUCCGACUCCUCGCAUCGUCCUUCCGUCGAGGGCUCCUCUGUAUUCCAGCAAUGGGACUCGCUCACCGCCAAGUUCGCCGGCGCCGCCAACGUCCCCUUCCUCCUCCUUCAGCUCCCCCAGAUUGUCCUGAACGCUCGAAACCUCCUCGCCGGGAACAAAGCCGCGCUUUUCGCCGUCCCCUGGCUCGGGAUGCUGACGGGGUUGUUGGGAAAUCUCUCGUUAUUGUCCUACUUUGCGAAGAAGAAGGAGACGGAGGCCGUUCUCAUUCAGACAUUGGGAGUGCUGUCGAACUACGUGGUGAUCGCGCAGCUUGCGAUGGCCGAGGCCAUGCCCCUGCCUCAGUUUGCGUUGACUUCGGCUGUCGUUGCCUCUGGUCUUGUCCUCAACUUCUUUAAUUACUUUGGCUGGCUUCAUGACUGGAUCUGGCGUAUCUGGGAGGACUUCAUUACCAUUGGAGGUGUCGCCGUUCUCCCUCAGGUGAUGUGGUCUACGUUUCUUCCCUAUAUCCCAAACAGCAUCUUGCCUGGGCUGUUUUCUGGUAUUAUAGCAGUUGUGGCUGUUAUUAUGGCACGGACUGGGAAACUUUCUGAUGGAGGGAUAAAAUUUGUUGGUUCCAUAUCUGGAUGGACUGCAACUCUGCUUUUCAUGUGGAUGCCUGUAGCACAAAUGUGGACAAAUUAUCUCCAUCCAGAUAACAUUAAAGGUUUAUCAGCUUUCACGAUGUUGCUUGCAAUGAUUGGAAAUGGUCUCAUGAUUCCACGAGCUUUAUUUAUUCGUGAUCUAAUGUGGUUUACUGGUUCAGCCUGGGCAACCUUUCUUCUUGGUUGGGGAAACUUGGCCUGCAUGUACUGUUUCAAUAGUAUCAGCAGGGAAUUUUUCUUCGCAGCAACGCUUGGCUUGUUUAUAUGGCUAGGAAUGGCUUUCUGGAGAGAUAUGCUAGCCUACGGUUAUGAUUCCCCAAUGACUACCUUAAAGGAAUUAGUAUUUGGACCAUGAUACGAAUACCACUGUUGGCGUACUACUGCAACAUUACAUGGAUCAAUGUUUGUCGGUCAUUGUUUUUGCCAGAUUUUGGUCCAAUACUUCAGGUUGGCAUUGGGAGCAUGCUAUUGGAUUCUGGCCUUAUAGUUGCUUUGUGGAAAGCCGCAUAGCGCCAAAAAUAUUGGAGACCCUUUGCCGAGUGAGUUUGCUUCUGUGGCAGUUAUUUACCAAUGUAACUGCUUGCUUUCAGCAUGAAAUUGUAAACAACUGAUAUAAAAUUUUGUAAUAUAGUAAUUUAAUAAUUUGCCAUCACUCUAUGAAUGGUUAUUUUUAGACAGUGCAUACUUCUUGGAGCUGGUAUUA